AUGAGGAGCUCCAAGAAUGUGCUUCCAUUUGUGGGCAUGGUGAUUUCUCAGUGUAUAGUGGUGGGAACCAUGAUAGCAGGCAAAGCAGCCAUGUCAAGUGGAAUGACUAACUUCACCUUUGUCUCCUACUCAAAUGCUAUUGCCUCCCUCAUUCUUCUUCCUUCUUCCUUUCUCAUCCACAGAUUAGGCCGUCCUCCAAUUACUUUCUAUCUCCUCUGUGCCUUUUUCUUGCUUGCCUUACUCGGUUGCACAGUUCAAGUAUCUGCGUAUGCUGCAAUUCAGUAUACCUCUCCGGCCUUUGCAUCAGCCAUGCUUAACCUCAUCCCAGGUUUCACCUUCAUAAUUGCCAUCAUAUUAAGGAUGGAAAAACUAGAUUGUAAAAGCUCUAGUAUUGCUAAAUCAAUCGGAACAGUAGUGUCGAUCAUAGGGGCAUUCGUCGUGACUCUCUACAAAGGCCCCUCGAUUAUGAUGACCUUCUCACAUUCAAAUUCCCCUCAUCGGCUUCUUCUCAUUCAUUUUUCGAAAUGGAUCAUUGGAGGAUUGAUCCUUGCAGCUGACUCUGCAUUGAGUUCAUUGUACGGUAUAUUAGUGGUAUUGAUCCUUCGGAAAUUCCCAGCACAGCAGAUUUUAAUCUUCUUUUACUGCUCCUUUGUGGCCAUUCUAUCUGCAGUAGUUGCUUUGAUUAUGGAAGCAGACACAAGUGCUUGGAGUUUACAACCUAAUAUAAGGCUGAUUGCUGUUCUGUACUCGGGAAUAAUUGGCACCGCAUUGCAAUUCACCAUCACUGCAUGGUGUCUGCACAGCGCAGGGGCCCUUUUUGUUGCUAUGUUUCAGCCAUUGGGGAUUGUCAUUGCAACUGUUAUCGGCAUCAUUUUUUUAGGUGAUACUUUCUAUCUCGGAAGUUUGGUGGGAUCAAUUGUUAUUGUUAUUGGAUUUUAUGCCGUGAUGUGGGGAAAAUUCAGAGAAGGCAAUGACGUUAAGAGCUCGGAUUCGACCAUUGAAAAGGCCCCUCUCUUGCAAAACAAUGGUGAGGAGACAGAAGUUUUGACACAGUGA